AGAUAUUUUGUAGUUAAGGUAAACAGUUUUGUAGGGCCAGUGCUGUGGUGUAGUGGGUAAAGCUGCCACCUGCAGUGCUGGCAUCCCAUAUGGGUGCCAGUUUGAGCCCUGGCUGUUCCACUUCCUAUUCAGCUCUCUGCUAUGGCCUGGGAAAGCAGUGGAAGAUGGCCCAAGUCUUUGGGCCCCUGCACCCACGUGAGAGACCCAGAAGAAGCUCCUGGCUUUGGAUUGGCUCAGCUCCGGCCAUUGCGGCCACUUGGGGAGUGAACCAGCAGGUGGAAGACCUCUCUCUCUCUGCCUCUGCCUCUCUGUAACUCUGCCUUUCAAAUAAAUAAAUAACUCUUUUAAAAAAAGAUAACAGUUUUGUUAAACUGCUUAAUUUUGUUGUCUUUAGUAAGAGAAUUUGCACUCGUUUUGCUCAGUGCUAGCUGGGGUAAUGGCUAACCUGCUGCAACAAAGAGAUGUUCAAAUACACUGAUUCUGUGUUUCUCUGCAGGCUGACUGUUCUGAGCAUGUGAAGAUGUGUGGACGAUGGAGUUAUUCAGAGUCCCAGGGGCAGCCUGCUUGAGUGGUCUAUAUGGAGUGACUACCACUUCUGCAUUUCAACCUUCUAGAAAGGGCAGGAGGCAAAGUCCAGGCCCAGCAGGAUGUGUUAUGUUGAGGUUGACUGUAAAAAUUGCCUCUCUCAUCUUGUUGGCCUGAACUGAGCAUUUGAAUACUCCUAGACAUGUUUCAGAAAUUAAUUUCCAGUUGGUCUGUGUGCCUAGGAAGAUAAUCAAGAGCAUUAGAAAAGUAUGCCAUAAGUAUGACAUUUAUAGAACAACAUGGCAUUUUAUCCUCUUUUUCCCUUAGCUCCAUGCCCAAAAUAUCCUUUUAGAAGGGAAGAGACAGGUUUAGAGAUAUUAACCGACUUUACCAAAUUUUUCUACCUAGUGACUUGAACCCAAAUCUUCUAAAUCAAAAUUACAAGACAGGUUGCCUGUUUAAAAUAAUCAGCAGCAAAAAAUAUCCUUCAAAGCAAGUAGGUGUACCUAUAGCUGAUUUAGAUGAAGACCUUUUUCUAUAAAACUAUGUUCUUGCUCAUUCAUCUUUUUUAAUCUACAUUUGCUGUUAAACUCAUAUACUGAGCUCUUUUUUUCAUUUAUUGUUAUUUUCCAGUUCUAGUUGGCUCAUUUUUAUAUAUUCCAUGUCUCUGGUGUAAUUCCUGCCAUCUACUUUUUGAACAUCUUAGUAAGAAUUGUUUUACAAUCUGUGCUGAAUAAUAUCUGAGUCACCUAUGAGAUUAUUUCUGUUGUCUGUUUCUUGGUCUAUCUGCUAAAUUUUGACUGGAUGCUGGACAUUGCAUGUGAGAAGCUGGAGAUGCUAUGAGUACCCCACAAAUAGCAUGUGACUUUAAUAUCCUUGUUUUAUAGAAGAGGAAAUAGAAAAACAUUUAUAAAUGGCCUAAAAUCAUAAACUAUAUAUUGACUCCUAGUCCUGUCUAGUAUAUUAAAGAGAGUUUAUUUCAGCUUUGUUUGCACUGUGGUGUAUGUGGGUAAAGUCUUUCUUAGAAGCUGUCCUCACACAUAAUGGUCUUGUUAACUCGAGUACCUUCAUAUUAAGGAUGUGUUCAGUGACAAGAGUAAUUUAUGUGCAACUAAGACUCACACCUGUGUUGUACCUGCAGUUGCACAGAUGGACAUAUCCUUCAGCCUUCCCAUUCAAGUCUGGUUAGGAAGGAGUCAUGGUAAUUUGAUCCCUGGGUGCAGAGUAAUGCUGCCCACAUUCUGGUGUAGUUGUUAGAUUCUGAAAACUGUUCACACCCAGACAUGUGAUACUAAGGUAUGCAGCCUUCACUUCAUAGGACGUCCUAUAGCUGUAGAGUCUUAGAAUAACUCUUGGCAUUGAAGUUAAAAAAAAAAAAAAAAUGGAUCACUGCCUCCAGAUAGUCCUCACUGACCCGCAGAGUGGCUUGUAUUCUAGCUCUGGAGCUGUUCAUGGGACACACGGAGUACUGCCACAGUUCUUCAGCCCUCGUCAUCACUGUGAAGCCAGAGGCAUGGGAGCCGCAGCUGUCGGGAUCCUAAUUCCUCUGCGAGGAGUCGCUGCCAGUGUGUACAGUAAUCAACUGUGCGCGCUGGUGCCAUUCUUUUCCUACCAGCGUCUCAGCAGCAAAACACAAGUUGUGGAUGAUACUGUUUAACCUCCUAGAAAUUCAAGCUAACUUUAGAAAUGAUCAAGAAAACAUCAGUAUAUCGUCGCUCACUAGUUCAUCACUCUAUGGAUCCAGGAGCUCGAGAAGAGACCAGAGAAGACUAUGACGACAAGCAGGUGGUCUCAGAGAUCAUGGCAAGAUGUUUUAUUCCAACUCGGAUAACAACCUCUUCCUGGGAAGGCUUUCGUUUUGUUGGUCAUGAGAUUCGGAUUACUGAAGCCAUGGAUUGUUAUGGUGCUGUUGUUUGGCCAUCGGCCCUUGUUCUAUGCUAUUUCCUGGAAACUAAUGCAAAACAGUAUAAUAUGGUUGACAAAAAUGUGAUUGAAAUUGGAGCUGGCACAGGGCUAGUCUCUAUCGUGGCAAGUUUACUUGGUGCUCAUGUUACUGCCACAGAUUUACCUGAAUUACUUGGAAACCUGCAAUAUAAUAUUUCCCGAAACACCAAAACGAAAUGCAAGCAUUUGCCUCAGGUUAAAGAGCUCUCCUGGGGAGUUGCAUUAGAUAAAAACUUCCCCAAGUCUUCCAAUAAUUUUGACUACAUCCUGGCAGCGGAUGUUGUCUAUGCUCAUCCCUUCCUGGAAGAACUCCUCGUUACCUUCGACCACCUGUGUAAAGAAACCACCACCAUCCUCUGGGUCAUGAGAUUCAGGUUGGAGAAAGAGAAUAAGUUUGUAGAUAGAUUUAAGGAGUUGUUUGACCUGGAGGAAAUUUCCAGUUUCCCUAGUCUGAAUAUUAAGUUGUAUAAAGCUGUGAGGAAAAGUCGGAGGAGUGCGUGAUGUCUUCGAUCGAGGAUGUGCAAAUGCAAAGCAAAUUCUGGUAGAUUAUUAUUUUUUGGAUUAGCUUUCCCAAAGGGGAACACAUACACGCACACACACACAUAUCCCACUAUGAGACUAGAAGAUAUUUCUCCAAAUCCUAAAUUUCCUGAACACCAUACCUGAGUUUAUAGUAUUGGGGGAAAUUUGCUCCAAGUCAGACUCCAUCAGCACUCAGGCCACCUUCUAAUUUUGACAAUGGGAAUUUUUGGCAAAGUUAUACUAUGUGGUCAUUGAAUAUGAAAAUAUCUACUCUCCUUAUUCUUCUAUAGGACCAUAAUAUUAUCAUUUUUAAUAAAUGAUGCAAUUAUUUUUAAUGUGUAAUUGUAAAAUGAUGGUUCUUAAUAAUGACAUCUCUAAAAGGAACAUUGUCAUUAAUUCUUUAAAACAUUGGCAUAUCUGAUUCUCUCUUUAAAAAUAUAGUAAUUGGCUAUAGUGAAAUCUGCAAAUAAAUCUGAAAAGGCAGAUACAUUCUGUAAUGGUAAAUGUUAGACUUUUGUGGUUCCCUUUACUGCAGCUUUUUGGUGGUCUGUCAUUUCUAUGUGGCAGGGUGUGCCUUCAGUUUAACCUCUGAAAUCAGCCAAGCGUAUGGAUUUGAGGUUAUGGCAAGGGCAUUUCAAUCAACUAAAUGAAAAAUGAAUGGGAGCAAACAAAAAUUAGUUGAGAUUUUGAAGGAAUUACUGUUACAUUUUUUCACCAGGUCCAGUUAUUUUAUAUCACAGAAUCAAAAAUAAAUAUAAAAACUUUGAGUUGAAAAUUCACAUAAAAAGGUUUUGGCGUCUAAUCUCAAAUAACCAGACAUUUGGCUGGUGUUACAGUUAAAUGCUGUUCUGAUGAACAUAUAUAGACCUGGAUAUUUGAAAUCCUAUGUGAUUGUUUUUCAUGUGGGCCUUAGAGUUUAGAAUAAAGUCUGAAGAAUUUAAAGUCAGGGUAGAAAAGAGAAAAGAAAUAGGGUUUUGUGUGUAACUGCGUAGACUGCAUUGGUUGGCGACGACCCCAGCAAUGACUGCUAGGCUGCGACAGUGCCCUGUCACAUGCUCUCCCAGGAUCAGUUCUCUGAGCCUUGUUGACAAUCGUCAGUCCACUUGGGGUUGAGCACAGCUGGAGAGAUUAAACCAGAAUGGAAACACACGCAAGUGCAUUGUUUGGUGUGUGUGGUUUAUAGGAUCGUGUUUCAGUAGCUCCUGAUAUUUACAGGGAUCACAGUUUGUUACUUACAGAAAAGCCACUUAAUAUUCAUAAUCAUUCUAAAAAGAAUAAAUAAUGCUAUUAUCCCUACUUCACAGAUAAAGAAAUUGAGGCUGAGAGCCCCAGGCCACACAUUCGCAGAGUGGCAGUGCUGGGACACGCAAGCCCAAGUCUGCUUGCACCCUAAGGCUGUGUUUUUAACCUCUGUACUGUCUUUAGAUAUUUAAAACAGUCAUGUUCAUACAAGUGAUGUCUUCAAAAUGAAAUAUGUAUACCCAGAAAAACAAAAAGUUACAUUAAAAAGUGAGAGCUGUUUCUCCUUAAAACUUUAUUUUCCACUUGGGCAGGUCAGGUAGACUUGUUUGGAAGUGAUAUUUGAAGGGAAUUGAGGGAAGCAGGAGUGCAGACAUCUGGGGACACGUGUUUCUGGCAGAAGGCGCAGCCAUGCAGACACCUUCAGGGCAGAGCCCGCCAAUCCUAAGGGCCGUGUGCCAGCAACAGUCUGAAGAGAGAUUGGCGAGACUCAAUCAGAGAUUCUCCGAGGCAGCUGGGCCAUGCAGAGCCUUCGUGCAGGCUGGGUCCUCCCGACGGACUCUGACGUGGAGUCUGGGUUGUACGUCAUUUGUCGGGGAAUGCUGCUGGAAGGAAGACUGUAGAAAGGGGUGGAGGCUGAACAGCAAUGCAGACCCAGUCACAGCCUUUGCCCAGCCCUGCAUGGAAGACCUCCCAGAGUAGUCCAGUGGGGGUGAGACAUUUGGGCCGGUGACCCCAUGUAGCUAUCAUCGCAUAUGGCUGCCCUGGGAAGACCUUGUGACCUUGUGUGAGGCCACUGGUCAGCAGAAGGAGUCCCUGAAGUUGCAGAGAGCUGUGGGUAGUCUGCCAAAAGCACCUCCAAUGGUGGGGUAUUAAGUUAUCCUGAAGAGGAUCUGGACAGGCCUCCCAGUGUCCACCAUGACUUUUGGCUUUUUGUCCGGUGAAAUGGAGGAUCAUUGGAUGAUUUCAAGUAGAGAAGUGAAAUAACAUUGCUUCAUGUAAGGACCACUACGGCUGACCUUUGAGAAUAGAGUGAGUGCGGGGGCCACGAGACCUGUAGGCAGGCAGAGGCAGCUGGGGGCAGGGAAUGAGCACAGGGCUGAGAAUCUAGGCAGUGGUCGGCUGCAGAUGUAUUUGAAUGCCAGAGCCAGCCGGCCUUCCCACCCAAGAGAGUCUCGGAGACAGGGGAAGAAAGUCAGGGCUGACUGCAAAGCUCUGGUGCUGCUGGGCAUAUGUGUGGAGUUGUCAGCUUAGGCGGCUUUGUGAAGCUCCUUCAGGGCACAGGAGUUUACAGACAGAGAAUGAAACCAGCUCUGAGCCCGGAGGCAGCCACACGAGGCUCACACACACAUGUGUUUUGAAAUAUUUUUUUUCCCGAGGUUCUGGCUCUGUUCUCAACUAUUGGCUCUGAAAAAUAGGAAUUUAACGCCAUAGUGGUUUUUUAAACUGGUCAGUAGAGUUCCAAGUUUCCCUCAGAGGCUUUUGUCUGUGGAGUGUUGUGGGGGCACCUGCAGGAAACUUAGGGUAACAAGUGAAAAAGAUGGCUCCUCUGCCAAGAAAAGUUUGGGUACCACUAGGAAGUUAGCUUCAGCAGAACAGAUAAAGUGUCAUUUCAAAGACAAAGUGAGGACCAGCCAUGGGGUUCUUUACAGCUCCUCUUUGUCUACGUGUCAAUCUGUCAAACACAACAUCCCACAUCCAUUGUUUUAUUCUGUUUAUAGCAUCACUUGCAAAUUUUAACACCCACCCACCAGGCCUCUGUUAUUUCACUUCACUCUGUACUUUUCUACUCUUAUCUUUUUCCUUCAGUUGCUCCCUGCUUUUCUAGAUUCAAUUUUCACAAUACUUUAAUUUCAAAAGAUGUAACUUGAGUAGGCUUUUUCUAUCUUGCAAUUUUGUUUUAUGACUAGGGAUUGAUUUGUUAACUGUGGGAGUACAGUGAAUUUUUGCCCCUUGGUAACUGGCGUUUUGGCAAGUUAGGCUAUGUUAUUAAAAACCUCAGUCCAAUUCUUGCAAUAACUUUCUGGAUAUCCUGAAGAAUGAACAUACUGAUUGUCAAGGUUUUAAUCAAGGUUAUCACAGAACAGCUAUUGCUCCACAACAAACCAGCCUGCGAGUGAUGAGAUGCAGCUUAAAUCAUACACAGUGGCUGAGAGUUUUGUGCCCGAUUGCAUCAGUGGACUUUAGAAAAUGAAGUACUGCACUAGCACCUUCUGUCUUAGAAUUUGAUGAUAGUCCUUCUGUCAUUUAUACUCAUGUUUCUCUCCCAGAACGUUAGAGAAAAUGCUUUUUUUCAUUCCAUAUUUGUGUCUGCUCUGUUUCUGGAUAAAGAACUGGUGGCGUUGGGUGGCUUCCUAACAGAUUUGCAGCCAAUGUUGUACACUCCUUAUUAUGGAAAAAAAAAAUGAAGAAACAUAAUGGAGCAGAAUAUUCUUUAUUUAAGGUCUCAGAUUUCAGGACCUUGAUGUUCUCUGUGAAUGCCUCAUCUUCACACACAGAGACCGGUCUAAUUUGUUUUAAGUAGUGCCAUUUGCUUAUAUGCAGAUAAAUAAUUUCUGAUUAUCCUUUGGAAGGAGAACAUUCUCAGUGAGUUGGAUUUGGAUACAAGAAGAGAUUUGCAUGUACCAGCUCUGAAAACAAGCUGGAGACCUUGGGUUUUAGAUAUAAAGACAUUAAAAUCAGCCUUAAAUAAAUCGGAUAAGCUAAUUGAUAAAAAUAAAUAAAAUUAAUAUACUGUGCUUCUUUCUACUUCACCUUAAUUUAGUGUCCAUGGGCAUCUGUAUAUGCAGAAAAUAAAAACUGUCAAGUAUGUA